CCUGAGUCACUCUCCUCCCUGGCUACGCAUUCCCAUUGAUAUAUCUCGCGCCUCUGACUCACAGGUAGGUAGGUUCUUCCCACCCUCCAGGCUUCACGUCUCUACAAAAUUGCUCUCGUGGCGGCAACUAGUGCCAAAUAGUUCUAUAUGCCAUGGCCAUGUCCAUCUACAACGUGUGCGCCCUCGUCGGGGCCUCGACCAUCGGCUACCUUGGCCUGCAGCUGGGUUCCGCCCUGCGCUUCCACCUGCACGGCUCCAAGCUGCAGCGCUACCACCACGGCACGGACCCGUGGGUGCUCGUGACGGGGGCGAGCGACGGGAUCGGGCUGGCGUUCGUGCGCGCGUUCGCGCAGCGCGGGUUCAACGUGAUCCUGCACGGGCGCAACGCUACGAAGCUGGACAAGGUCGUCGGCGAGCUGGAGGCGCAGUUCCCGGCCGCGGGGUUCAAGACGCUGGUGCUCGACGCGGGGACGCCGGCGAGCGAGAGCUUCGACGCGACGGUGCUCUCGGCGGUGCAGGGCCUCAACCUGACGGUGGUGGUGCACAACGUGGCCGGGUCGGGCGAGCCGCAGUUCGACAUGACGCUGUUCACGGGCAACUCGGCGCGGCAGUGCGACGGCUGGAUCAACGUCAACGCGCGCUUCACGACGCAGCUGACGCGCCUGCUGCUGCCCGUGCUGCAGCAGCGCCAGCCGGGCCUGAUGCUGUUCGUGUCCAGCGCCGUCACCGACAUCACGGCCCCGUACGUGUCGCUGUACACGGCGGCCAAGUGCUUCAUCGAGGGCCUGGCCAAGUGCCUGAAGAUGGAGAUGAGGCUGACCGGCCACGACGUCGAGGUCAUGUCCUUCACCACGGGCACCGUCGCCACCGCCUCCUCGGGCAGGUCCGAGGCCGACAUCUCCUUCACCGUGCCCAGCACCACCACCUUCGUCAAGGCCGCCCUCGACAAGGUCGGCGUCGGCAGCCCCAAGGUCACCCCGUACAUCGGCCACUGGCUCCAGUUUGGCUUCAUGAUGAUGCUCCCCGCCUGGGCCCGCGAUCAGAUGCUGCUUCGCCUCGUGAAAAAGGUGCAGGACGGGAUUGCGAAAAGGGAGUGAAACCACUUGAGUGGAUGGACGGAUGGACCAAGGUUACUGAAGAGGGAUGGAGUGGGACGGGGAAUAAAGAGGGCCUGGCUGCGGCGUGUUGCUUCAUUAUGGGUGCUUUGUAUCUCGAAUAUUCCCUGGGCUUGCUGCAUGGAUCGAAACCAAAUCCAACCCGAAGACAACUGGGAAUUGCUUCAUUCCUUUCCCCUUCCUUCCCUCUACUUUCGAGGGUCACGUGUCGGUGCCAUGGCUGCCGUGAAAGACCAGAAACGAAGGGCUCUGAAGGACAUUGAAGGUCAAGAGAAUUGUAUUGUGAAAUGGGUUAUUAACCAUAGCACAUAUCUGAAGGCGAUCCUGCGCAUCUGCUCUCGAUAUCGUAAAGUGGAUAUCGUACAGUGCUUUUGUCAAG